AUGAACGGCUUCAGAUUUGAGAUCAAGCGACACCAUGAUUUUCGAAUCACCGGCAACCCUCCCGACAAGAGGAUUCCGCUGCAGUGGGUCGACAAGUCGCAUUUUAACGAGGAAGCCAUGUUCAAUGGUGGGCUAUACAAGCUGGAUUACUCACCAGUUUACGGGUUCGAGGCGAGUGCGUAUAAGAUUAAGGCUCCAGAAAAGUCCUUGAAUGCUGCAAAUGAUAGCACCAAAUCAGGUACGAAAAUAAAGCAAAGAAAUUGCCAGACUUGGAUUGUCGAAUCCGCCGAUCGGCUGGUCAAGAUCGUAUCUUCAAUUUGGACACUACUGCUGACCUUCAUGCCAUUAAGCAGUGAAUGUCUAUAG